AUGGCCAUCAUCUUCAGCCCAUCUACUGAGGUCUUCCUCUCCAUUUUCAUCCUUUUCUUAUGUUUUCCCGCCAAGGUUUGUUCUCUUUCGUCCUUUACCCAACUCCAAUUGCCGCCAAAUGUUACAGGUCCCGUGUCCCUUGCCUUUGACCUGACUGUUGGAGGACCCUAUGCUGGUGUCAAUGAUGGUAGAAUUAUCAGAUAUGGAGGAACUGACGUUGGUUUCACAGAUUUUGCCUUCUGUACACCGACCAGGUCCAAGGCAGUGUGUGAUGGCACUACAGACCCAGAUUCAGGACCCACGUGUGGAAGACCAUUAGGUUUGAGUUUCAACAAUCUAAGGAACCAGAUGUACAUUGCCGAUGCGUAUUCCGGGCUCUUUGUGGCGGGUACUAAUGGAAGGCUUGCAACCAAACUUGCAACAAGUGCAGAAGGGGUGCCCUUCUGCUUCCUUAAUGGUUUAGACGUUGACCCAUUGUCCGGGCUGGUCUAUUUUACAGACUUCAGUACUACAAUCCAGCUAAGAAACAUUUCACGGGCACUCGCAAGUGGCAACACAACUCAAUUUUCCAGCGAUGCAACUGGAAGGCUAUUAAGAUAUGACCCAGAGACAAAGAAUGUUACCGUGUUGUUGAGAGGCCUCUCUGGAGCGGCGGGGACUGCAGUCAGCAAUGAUGGAAUGUUUGUUCUCGUCUCAGAGUUCAAUGCUAACAGAAUUCUGAAGUUUUGGCUUAGAGGUCCUAAAGCAUCUACAGCAGAAACUUUCGUAAGUUUCCGGGGAAGGCCAGUUAACAUUAAGAGGACUGCAUCAGGAAAUUUUUGGGUGGCAGUGAAUGUCCCAAAUAAUCAAUCUCCACCAACCACAAUUCUCACAGGACAAAGGAUCAGUUACUACGGAACCAUAUUGGAAACAGUGAGUUUUGAUGAUCAAUAUGGUGGAUCUACUUUGAUCACUGAGGUGCAACAGCAUCUUGGGGCAUUAUAUAUUGGAGCAAACUCCGCAAAUUUUGUUGGUGUCCACAUGGCUUAG